CUUUUUGAGAAAGUGCUCAGACUUUUGGAAAUAGAGGAGGAGGGUGAACCAAACGGAGCCGGGGUUGAAGGGUCCUGGGGGCAGCAUCACUUUCCAAAGUUUGUCUCGGUAAUUUCCUGGAGUCUCCAAACCUCCAACCGGCCUGCUUUGUUUACAUUUUGUGGCCCAGGCGUGUAUGCGUUUUCUCGGUGUCUUUACGCUACGAUCCGCUCCAGCUCUCCUGGCUGGUGUUUAGAGACUCGGUCCAGUAAAUAUAAUGUUACCGAGCCAAGUCGGAUCGGCACCAUCUGGAAACGGCUCAGCUUCAGGCAGGGGUACCACAGGACACGGUUCGGGGGUUGUCGGCGGCGGGAUUCGUCCCGUUUUGGUCAGAGCAGGGCAAGCUUUACCUGGGGUCUGCGAGAGUGUUGCCGGUGCUGCGGGGCGACCGGGGGACAGAGACGCCGUCGGGAUGCUGGGUGCUAACGGUCCGGGGGGUCCGAGAGGGGCCAGACCCGGGAACGGGACCGGUGUGAAUCCUCUACAGACCGCCGUCCAAGGCAACAUGGUGGGGCUGAACGCGGGAGUUGUGUUGCCUCACGGAGCCCGGUUCGACCCGGAGCGGGAGAGCGCUCCUUUGUGCAGCGGCUCGGAUAAUGACUCGGACUCCGGGGAUGAUGACGACCCAGUGGGUUCACUCGGGGACAGCAGGAGAGGGGUGAAGCGGGAGAGAGGGGAGAUGGAGGCGGCGGUGGCGGGGCAGGAGGUGGGAGUAGCUCCCGGAGGUUACGGCAUGGUGCCCGGAGGGGUCGCCGGGGCAAAGCCGGGGAAGAAGACACGUGGGCGCGUAAAGAUAAAGAUGGAAUUUAUUGACAACAAGUUGAGACGGUACACCACCUUCAGCAAGAGGAAGACGGGCAUUAUGAAAAAGGCGUAUGAACUCUCCACCCUGACGGGGACCCAGGUGCUGCUGCUUGUGGCCAGUGAAACGGGUCACGUCUAUACUUUUGCCACCCGCAAACUCCAGCCCAUGAUCACCAGUGAAACGGGCAAAGCCCUGAUCCAGACAUGCCUCAACUCACCAGACUCGCCGCCCCGCUCUGACCCCUCCACAGAUCAGCGUAUGAGUGCCACGGGCUUCGAGGAGACGGACCUCACCUACCAGGUGUCUGAGUCGGAGAGCAUGGGUGACACAAAGGACACACUGAAGCCGACGUUCACGGUAGCCAGCCUGCCAGGCACUACCAGCAGCGCCCAGUCCACAGUACCCACCACCUCCACCACCAUGCAGGUGAGCAGCGGGCCUUCGUUUCCCAUCACCAACUACCUGGCCCCUGUCUCGGCCAACAGCAACGUCAACGCCAAUGGGACUGUCCUCAAGACCGCGGGCGCCUCCACGGGGGUCAUGCAGCUGCCCAGUGGCUUCACUUUCAUGCCCGGUGCAGGCGUUCCCCAGCAGCUCCAGGCUAUCCAGGUCCAUCCUAACACUCAGUCCACCUCCAACAGUGACAGCAGCCCUGAGAUCUCCCACACCUCCACAAACUCCACUGCAACGGUAAGUCUCCCAGCAACCAUUGUCACUUCAUCAGUGCCAACGUCCGUGGCAGGUCACAUGAUGUACCCCAGCCCCCACACGGUGAUGUACGCCUCCACGCCAACGCUGGCUGACGGUGGGCUGGCCGUGCUCAACGCCUUCUCCCAGGGAACCUCGGCCAUGCAGGUGUCCCACGCACAAACCCAGGACACUGGUGCUGUCCCUCAGGUGUUCCUCACAGCACCUCCAGGCACGGUGCAGAUCCCCGUCUCAGCAGUGCAGCUACACCCAGUACGGCAAGAUCUGCAUUUUACAAAUGGUGAUUGGCCAACAGUCGAGCGGCAGCAGCAGUAAUCUGACGGAGCUCCAGGUGGUGAACCUGGACGCGGCACAGAACUCGAAGAGCGACUGACAGACGGCUGGAGCUGUGUAACACGGCAGACCCAGAGACAAACUGACUGACUGACAUCUCUAUUUAUUGAUGCCUUCCUACAGAGUUUCACAUCACACUUCUGAAUGUGACUUUAAAGUACAUAUAUAUACACACAAUCAAGGGCAUACGUGUGGCAGACCCUUAUACGGUAUGUUUUGGUAUAUAAAUAUAUAUAUAUAUAUUCGCAAAUGCAUAGGAGAUAUAUCACUAUAUCCAUCAUUGGAACCUAUUUUCUAUGCCAUUAGAUGGUGUUUUUUUGCGUGUGUGUUUUUUGAAAAUGUGUAAUUACAUGUACACACACACUGCAAGGUGCCACAGCUUCACACCAGCCAAAGAGACAUUUGUUUGUCUGAAUGUUCCAGUGUGAGCAAUUUGUGCACAAGUGUGUCUGUGUCUGUGUGUGUGUGUGUGCGUGCAUAUCUGGGGUUUAUAAAUGGGCGGGGAGUCGCUUAUUGACCUACAAAAAGAAAAGGAAAAAAAAGACAUUUGGAAAUGUACAUAAUUUUCUUUUUUUUUUAAAUUGAAAACUUGUAUUUUUAGCCUGGUUCAGUUUGUGCAACGGCAUGUAGUUGUUUUUUACGUAGUGGUUUUUGUAUGUACAUGGAAAAUGAUUUGCAUAAAGAAAAUGAAUUUACAUGUAUAUGUAAAUUAAUUUAAUAUCCCAUCAUAUGUUGAUAUACUGUCAUGCUUUUGGGAGUUCUCACUACAAGAUGGAGAAAGAACGCUGGAUGUUUUUCUGCAUUUUUUUUUUUUUUUUUUUUUUUGAUUGUGACAUUUGCAAGACUGUCCCUCCAUUAGAAAUCAGUAGCUGGGUCGUGAAACAUUCUAUUUUGAUUUACUGUAAACGUAUUGUUUUGAUGGGAUGGUCAUUUGGCCCUACGACAGGUCUGCAUUUUAAAUUUCCUUAUGAGCACUUUUGGCAUUUGUUAAAGUCUGAUGGAAACAU